AUGAUUAUUUUGUCAAAAAUAGAGAAUCUGUGGCGCUAUGUGGUUGGAUUGAAUUCCAUGCGAUGUAGGAAGCCACGUAGAGACAUUGAUAGUCGUAUAUACAAGUUCAUAUACGCACUCUUCUCCUCCGCAAGUGAGCUUCAUCAUCAUCAUCAUCAUCAUCAUGGCGGGGCAAUCACGGAAGUGGAUGAUUUUGGUGGCCACCAUAUGGAUUCAGGCAUUCACUGGCACCAAUUUUGAUUUCUCAGAGUACUCUUCUUCCCUUAAAUCUGUACUAAACAUCUCUCAGGUGCAACUCAACUACCUUGCCACUGCCAAUGACAUGGGCAAGCUCUUUGGUUGGUCUUCAGGACUCGCUCUCAUCUAUCUUCCCCUCCCUCUUGUCAUGCUUGUUGCUGCUUUCAUGGGCUUAUUCGGCUAUGGCUUCCAGUGGCUUCUCAUCAACAAUAUCAUCACGUUGCCUUAUUUUCUGGUCUUUCUGUUGUGUCUGUUGAGUGGCUGUAGCAUCUGUUGGUUCAACACAGUGUGUUUUGUUCUCUGCAUCAGAAAUUUCCCAGUGAACAGACCCCUUGCAUUAUCACUCACUGUGAGUUUCAAUGGUAUAAGUGCAGCACUUUACACACUUGCUGCCAAUUCAAUAGACCCUUCAUCUGAUGCACUGUAUCUGCUUUUGAAUGCACUUGUUCCCCUUCUCACUUCCAUUGCAGCACUAGUCCCAAUUCUUCGCCAACCACCUUUAGACUCUCUUUCUCCAUAUGCUGCUAGUAGAAACUCAGUAAUAUUUCUAGUAUUGAACUUCUUAGCCAUUUUCACUGGCCUUUACCUCCUUCUAUUCGGCUCAUCAACUUCUGAUGAAGCCACAGCAAGGCUCUACUUUGGUGGAGCUAUUGUGUUCCUCAUCUCUCCACUAUGUAUUCCAGGCAUUAUAUAUGCUAGAGAUUGGUUUCACCGUUCCAUUCAUUCCAGCUUUCGGGUGCAAGGCUCAGGCUUCAUUCUUGUUCAUGUUGAUGAUCUUGAGCUUCAUAAAGAACUCCUUACCCGUCAAAACAGUGCUCUCAGCAGUGCUCUCAGCAAUGGAGAUGGUCACAGUUACAGCCUGGUGAGUGGGAAUGGAUCCAUGUAUGGAAAAACUAGUGAUGUGUGUUGUGACAAGAUGCUUGGGCAGGAUCAGUUGGCAAUGCUAGGAGAAGAACACCCAGCGGCAUUGGUUGUCCAAAGGUUGGAUUUUUGGCUCUAUUAUGUUGCAUACUUCUGUGGUGGCACAAUUGGUCUUGUCUACAGCAAUAAUCUGGGACAGAUAGCUCAGUCUUUAGGCCUGAGUUCAAGUACAUCUACUCUGGUCACGCUAUAUUCAGCUUUCUCCUUCUUUGGCCGCUUGCUUUCAGCUGGACCAGACUAUAUUAGAAAUAAGUUCUACUUUGCAAGGACGGGGUGGCUAGCCAUUGCACUUAUUCCAACUCCAAUUGCGUUUAUAUUGCUUGCUUCAUCAGACAGUGCUGUGACACUUAACAUAGGCACUGCACUAAUUGGUUUAAGUUCUGGUUUCAUAUUUGCGGCUGCUGUGGCAGUUACAUCUGAGCUAUUUGGACCCAACAGUGUGAGUGUCAAUCACAACAUUCUCAUAACAAACAUCCCAAUUGGGUCACUUCUGUAUGGUUUUCUGGCUGCGGUUGUUUAUGAUGCCAAUGCUCAGCCAGCACCAGGAGGUUUAAUGGCUGAGUCACUAGUGUGCAUGGGUAGGCAUUGCUACUUUUGGACAUUUGUUUGGUGGGGAGGAAUGUCUGUCCUAGGACUAACUUCUAGUGUGCUGUUAUUCUUAAGAACCAAACAUGCAUAUGAUCAUUUUGAAAGUCACCGUAUUUCAGCACAAUCAACUGUGUCUUAACUUCUGCCACUUUAGAAAAGUGAAGAUCAUAGAAUUGUUGAUAGUAGAAGCUUGAGAUAUACAGGCUAUGAUUUUGGAGGCAGGGAUAAAACAAGGGUGAAUAUUGAUGAACAUGUAUAUAUAUAUUCUGUUCUAGCUUAGUAUGGUUGAGGUCUUCAGGAGAGAUCUAAUUCAUAGGCAAAAAGGCCUGAGGAUUUUGUUUCUCUCUGACAAAACAAGGGUGAGUGUCCAUCAAUGAACAUGUAAGCACUCUGCUUUGAACAGAGUGAGAUUUUCUUCUAAUAGCAGCCGGAGAUGCAGCAGUCCGGACCUAUGCUUUGGCCUAUGCUGUGGAUAACUUGUGAAUAGAUUUAUUUAUAACAAUUCUGAUAACUUGUACAGAGUUUCUAUUUUUAAACAUGAUUUUUAACUUUUUCUUAAUUUAAAUAAAAUAUUUAAUAUUAAUUGUUU